CAUCAUAUCGAAAAAAAUCGAUCUUCUCAACAAUGAAACAAUAUUUUUUGGAGAUCAUGCAUAAUUUCUUUCCUAACCAUAUGACGAGUAAAAUAAAAAAACAUUUGGAUGAAUAUUAAGGCUACCGAGACGAUACUUUUUAGCAUAUUUCAAUUUUUUUAAGCUUUUGUGGUAUUUGUAACUUAAUCUUCCCUACAAAAAAACCAUUGUUCGAAUGUGUCACAAGCAAAACUUUUAGAGGUAACUCGACAAGUUCUAUCCAGCUAUGACAACAAGAAACAAAUGUUUCUCAAAAUUUGACUUACCAACACUAUAUAAUUAAUUAAAUUUUAUUUAUUAUGAAACAUUCGAUUAUUAAUAGAGAUUAUUAGCAGCACGUCAAAGAGAAGAAACAACUGAACAAACACAUUUAAAUAUUGAUAUUGCUGAAAUGAAACGUAUCGAACGAUUAACAGUAAUUUUGGAAAAUGAUUUGAUUAAAUUUAGAAAACGAAAAACAGAUUUUGAGACAGAAAUUAAUCAAUUACAUGUACAAAUAGAGAAUAUUAAUAAUGACACAUUAAUCGAAAAAGAUGCAUUAGAACAAUUAAUUGAUAUUAUCAAGAAAAAUGAUGAUGAAACAUUUUGUUUAAUGAAAUAUACACAACAAGAUAAUAUUCGCAUAAAAGAAUUAACAGCACAAUUAGAACGACAUUCAGAAAAAUCAAUAAAAUUAAAACGAGCUACGGAAGAAGGAAGAAUCGAAUAUUAUAGUCUUCAAGUUGAAUUAGAUAAAAUAGCUGAUAGAUUUCGUCGUUCUUAUAUACAACGUCAACAACUUAUUAAACGAUGGGAAACAAUUCUUGUACAAAUGCAACGAAAAGAUCAUGAUAUUGAUAGACUUGCAAUUGAACUUGUUCAAAUUAAAGCUAAAACACGUAUUAAAGAACAAGAAUUAAAUCAACAGAAAAUAUUCUAUGAACAUGAACAAAAAAAUAAUAUUGUUACUGAAAAAUUGAUUUACUUAGCCGAUAAAAAAAUCAUGUCAUUAAAAGCAAAACAAACGACAAACAAGAGUAAACAAGAACAUUUGAAAACAAAUGUUUUCUCCAUGAAAACUACUCUUAUAAAUACAAAAGAUGAACUACAACAUGCACGUACGUUAAUUAAUGAAUUAAAAACAACUAUUAUCAACAAACAACAAGAACUUAAAAAAUUGAAACAACGUCAUGAACAAAUACUUGAUCGAAAAUAUUUUAUACUUAAUGAAAAAUUUUCAAUUGAUGAAAAAUUAUCUAAAUUUGAAAAAUUAAUGAAAAAUGAACAAAAAUAUCAAAAUAAUUUAAAUAAUCAAUAUAAAAAAUUAUCAGAAAUUUUUUUUCUAUUAAAUAAUAAAUUAUUAUUUAUACGUAAACAUGAAAAACAAUAUGAAAUAGAUAAUCAAGCAUAUCAAAAUCAAAUACAUAAUAUGAAAAAUCAAAUAAAUCAAUUAGAUCAACAAUUAUUAAAACAACAAGAAUUAAUUUAUAAUCAAGAUUUUAUAAAACAAAAUAUUGAUCGUCGUCUUAAUCGAUUAUUAGGUGAAAAAACAAAUGAAAAAUAUUCAGAAUUUGAUUUAAAAAUUCAUGAAUUACAAAAUGAAUAUGAACAAAAAAAGUAUCAAUAUGAUCAAUUACAAAAUCAAAUUAAAAUUCUUAAUGAUGAAUUAAGAAUAAUUAAACGUGACUUUGAUCAAUUAAUUAUAGAUAAAAAUGAUUUAAAUGAAAAAUUUCUUCAAUUUGAUCUUUAUAUAAGUUUAAGUGAGAAAUUAAUUAAAAAAUUAAAUAAUGAAAAAGAGGAUUAUCUAGUUGAAAGAAAUCUUCUUAAUAUUGAAUUAAAACGAUUAAAAAAUAUUCUAUGUAAUUCAAGUGAAAUCAAUUCCAAUUUAGAACAACAACAAAUUGAAUUACAAAAGGCAAUUAAAGAGCGUCGUAUGGAAAUACAAGCAAAUAGUCAUCUAUUUCGAAUACGAUUCAAUGAUGAACGAACGAAAAAAGAUUCUAUUUCAGCUGAACUUUCUAUGCGUAUUACUAAAGUAUCUAAAUUAAAACAACGAUAUGAAACUUUUGCUAUAACAUUAAAUACAGAAAAAUCUAAUGAAGGUAAUGUUUUAGCACAAGCUCAAUAUGUAAUUAAGUCUGCACAAAUGAAAGAAGAUUUAUUAAAACAAGGUGAUCAGUUAGAAGCACUUGUUAUUAAAGCUGAAACAGAAUUACGAGCUCUUGAAAAUACAGUACAAAUUUUAAAAUGGAAUAAUAUAGAUGUAAAAAAAAAUUUUGAAAAAUUACAUGAAUCAAAAAAAAAUUGUCACACAAGAUAA